UCGCUGAUCCCUUCCCGCCUCCUCCUCCUCCUUCCGCCCUCCCCGCCCUCGCCGCUGCCUUCUCGACCGCACCCCGCCGGCACCUACCUACCUCCUGACGAAGUAAGGAUCGAACUUUGUCUUGAAUUUGAUGUUUCUUUUGAAGCGUUGGACUUAGACUCCCAAUGUUCGUAUGUUCUUAUGUUCAAGCUCCCACCACUACGACCACCACCACCAGCAGCCAAGGAGCAGGUGUAUAGCUAAGCACCAGGAGAGAGCAAGAAUGAUCGGGCGUGGCAAGGCCUUAGGGUGGUGGGCUGCCGCGGCGUCCCUCCUCCUCGCCUUGGCUUCCCUCAUCUUCCCCGCCAUUCACAUCCCCCCCACCGCUGCCGCCGACACCACCACCACCACCACCGCCACCCUGCCCAAGUGCAACAAAUCCUCGGACUCGCACAUGAUAAGGAGGAUGCGAGAGGCCAUAGAGAAGAUCAUCCCAGAGGCGGAUGAUGGUGACCUCUUCGGGACGGCCGGCGAGAAGCUGCUGAGGGAGAUGAAGGCGUCCAACAUACGCAGGAACCUUAAGUACCUCACGACGCAGGGCCACAUGGCGGGCACCAAACACGACCUGGACCAAGCCGAGCACCUGCGGAAGAAGUGGCUGGAGCAGGGCCUCGACCAGGUGUUCCUCCAGCCCUACAACGUACAGCUCUCGAAGCCAAGCCUCGACAAGCCCAACAAGGUGUACCUUCUGGACGAGGCCGGGCAGGUGAAGUUUACCUCGAGCGUCAUGGAGGAGGUGCUGAAGGACAAGCCCUACGACAGCACCAUCCCGCCCGCCUUCCUCGCCUUCUCCCCUUCCGGCACCGUCACCUCUAGCGAGGUUGUCUUCGCAAACUAUGGUGCCUACGAGGACUUCGAGGCGCUGCAGAGGGCCGGAGUGCAGGUCGCGGGCCGCCUCGUCAUCGCCAAGUUUGGGAACAUCUUCAGGGGCGACAAGGUGCUCAACGCGGAGAGAUUCAACGCCUCGGGGAUGAUCCUGUACACAGACCCCGCGGACUAUCACCCGGACUGGCACAAGGGCGGCGAGGCGUACCCCAACACCUUCUGGCUACCGGAGUCUGGGAUUCAGCGAGGCUCCCUGUUGUGGCGGGACGGGGACCCCACCACGCCCUACUACCCUUCUAUUGACGGAUCGCACCACAUUGACGAAGGCCACGAGGUGCUGCCGAGGAUCCCCGCGCACACCAUCAGCUACAACGACGCCCGCAAGAUCCUGAUUCACUUGGGCGGGGCGGAGGUGCCAGAGGCGUGGCGCGGCGGCCUGGGCAUCACCUACAGGCUGGGGCCCAACAUGACGCGGCCUGGCUGGAAGGUGCGGCUCGAGGUGAAUAACGAGAAGCAGGUGUCGCCAAUCUUCAACGUGAUGGGCGUGGUGCGGGGCCGCGAGGAGCCCGACCGCUACGUCAUCUUCGGCAACCACAGAGACUCGUGGACCUACGGCUCCUGCGAUCCAUCCUCGGGCACGGCGGUCAUGAUGGAGGUGGUGCGGGCCUACGGGAAGCUGCUGGCCGGAGGUUGGCGUCCGCGUCGGUCCGUCAUCUUCGGCUCGUGGGGCGCGGGAGAGUUCGGGUUCUUCGGCGCCACAGAGAUGGUCGAGGAGUACUUGAAGUCGCUGGAGCACCGCGCCGUCGCCUACCUCAACGUGGACAUCGCCGUCAUCCAGACCUACAACCUGGUGGUGUCGGCAACGCCCCUGCUGCAUAAAGCCAUCACGGAAGCCGCCAAGAGGGCCCCCGCACCGGAUCCCUCCCUGGGGUACAAGACACUCUGGGAUCACUGGACGCAGAGGGGGCGCCCCGCCGCACCCGACGCCAUCGACUACAACCUUGGCUCCACCAGCGAGCACGCGCCCUUCUACCAGCGCGUGGGGGUCCCGACCUCCUAUAUGCUGUGGGAGAUCAACUUGGAGGAGUACAACUGGUCGGACUACCCUCUCUACCACAGCACUUUUGACGACUUCGAGUCCAUGGUAGCGCUGGACCCUGACUUCCUGUACCACCUGUCCCUGGGUCACCUGUGGGGCCUGACAGGUGUGGCCCUCGCAGACGCUCAGGUGCUGCCCAUGGACCCCAACGACGAGGCGGUGAUGCUGAGGCGGAUGGCGGAGGGGCUGAGAAAGGACUUCGGGGCGGACCUCGGCAAGCAACACCUCACGCUGGCUUACCUGGAGUCCCUGAUUGACCGGUUCGAGCAGGCAGCUGAGACCUUCAACACCUUUGUCAACAACGCCACGGAGAUCACCCCUCUCUUGGCCCGCCAGCUGAACGAUCAACUCAUGGCUGUCGAGCGGAGUUACAUCUUCACCGAGGGUAGUUUCCAGCGGCCCUACAUGAAGAAUAUGAUGUUCGGCACGAGUCUCUACAACCAGUACGAGGGGUGGCUGGCCCCGGGGGUACGCGACGCCCUGCUGGAGGCCCGCCACUGCUCGGGCCCGUGUCAGCAGGAGUGGGAGCUGGUGAGGCAACAGCUGUCCAUCCUGCAACACGUCGUCAACUCCGCCGUCAUCAACUUAAAGAACUUCAUGUACCUGUAACACUGACACGCCGGCGCUGAGCUGCUGGGAGACUCGACUCUUUAUGUAUCUUAUUUAUUUGCCGAAGGAAAGUCCGAGUGUUUGAGGUCACCCGGGGUCACGAAGGUCAAGGCCGAAAUAGCUUAUAGAGUUUCGUGUGACUACCCGUGGCAACAAACCCGCUAUACAGAGAUCCUUGAGGACUUCUGUAAUCUUAUUUAUUUGAGUGCUUGAGGUCACCCGGGGUCACGAAGGUCAUGGCCGAAAUAGCUUAUAAAGUUUCCUGUGACUACCUAUGGCAGCAAACCCGGUGCCCGAAGAUGCUUGAGGACUUAUUCCCUCUUAUUGUCUAGGAAAUGUCCACAAGCCCUUGAGGAGACCUAAAUCGUGCCGUGUUCUUAUAUCGCAAGACAAAUCCGUCACCAUAAGUUGCUCGACACAUCUCCUUACAGUGACACGACAAACCAAAGGGGUAAGGCAAUGUAGAAACGGUAUGAGAAAGCGGGAUACAAAGGGUGAAGGGAAAAGGAGGUGGAUAGGAGGAUACAGAGAAUGGUUGAAAUGGAUAAGACUAGAGGAAAACGGUACGCGAGAGGAGGAUAUGAAUGGCGAAGAGAAAAGAUGGAUAGAAGAACAGAGAAUGGAUAAUAGGAAUCACUCUAAAGGGAGGGAAAGGAUAUGAGAGGUGAAGAGAAAAGGAGAUGAUGAUGAGAACAGAGAAUGGAUAAAAGGAAUCACUCUAAAGGGAGGGAAAGGAUAUGAGAGGUGAAGAGAAAAGGAGAUGAUGAUGAGAACAGAGAAUGGAUAAAAGGAAUCACACUAGAGGGAGGGAAAGGAUAUGAGAGAUGAAGAGAAAGGAAAACUGGUGGAAUGGCACAGAGAGAAAGGAUGAAAGAGAUAAAGACUAGACGGAAAAGAUAAAGGCCAAAGAAAGGAGGAUAUGAAGACUAAAGGGAUAGGAAGAUAGGGGAAGGGAAUUACAGAGAAGUGCGGUGUGAGUGUGAGAACUGAAGUAGACAAGGUAGAAUGAAUGAUUACAAUGAGAGAAAAAGAAAAACAUCAAUAUAGAGUGUGUAUGGAAUAGAAGAGGUGUGUUGUGUGUGAGAGAACAGAAGUAGACAAGAUGAAGGGAAAGAAGGAUUACAAUGAGAGACAAACAGAAGACCAAAGAGACAGAGACAAAAAGAGACUGAAAUAGGAAUAACUUAACCUUUCCCUUCCACCUGUGAUAGUUAAUUAGUUACCAGGUAGGAAAAGGACACUAAUUAUUCACCUGAUAUUUUUUUUUACCUGGUUGAUUGCGAAAACUGUGACCUGUGUAUAUGUCUGUCUGUCUGUAUGUACGUAUGUAUGUAUGUAUGUAUGUAUGUAUGUAUGUAUGUAUGUAUGUAUGUGCGUGCGUGUAUAAAAUGAAUGCUUGAAAGGUUACAUGAGCAAUAAAGGAAUUAAUUACUGAU